AUGGAAGCAUCAGCUCAGAUAGUUGUCAUUUUUAACGAUAUGAAAACACGUAGUGCAUUAGUAAUGGAAGCUCCAAAUAUUGCAGCAAUUGUGAAAGCUCGACACCAUGCUCGUAUUGUUUGUCCUACAAGCACCAAUCCUUCAACAAGUACGCAAAGUCAGUUAGUCUCCGGCACAAUAAAUGAUCCUUCUGAGAAUGGUGGUCAGACAGUCGGCGACGAGGUAAGAGUUUCAGCAGAAGACAAAGCUCAAAAGAAUCGUUCUGAAAAUCCUCCUAGAUUGUUACGUGGUACUUGGUCACCAGAUGAUCGGCGUUUAUUUUUUCAAGCAGUGAGAUUAUAUGGACGCAACUUCAACGAAAUCACUCGUUUUAUUCGAUCUCGUAGACACCGUACGACAGCAGAUCAUCAAACUGUAACAUCAAAUAACAGUACAGAACCUAAUUCAAACAAUCUCCAUUCUGGAAAUAAUCUGGCUUCUUCAAGCAAUGUGCCAACAUCUUCAGGUUCAUCUACUCUAGGUGCCCCACAUUCCAGUAAUGCUUCUCAGUCGUCUACUGGUGUGAACACAGCUCUUGCCAGCAAUUCAGAUUUGAACACACCUUGUGGAGGUCGAACGCGUGAACAGGUCCGUUUCUUUUACCAACAGACAUGGCACAAAAUACGUCGUUAUGUUAAGUAUCCUGAUGAAGUUCCUCAACACGUUAGAGAGGUCUACGCAAUUGUCAACUAUUCUGUGAUUCGUACACGUAUCAAAAAACCACUGCAUCAUCGAUUGGGUGAAAAACUCAAUGAGCUGAUUCAUUGUGGCACCACUGUAAUCAAACACAAUGGCCGUCGUUUCCUUUUGCGUACUCCUGUUUGUCCUGCUUUAAAACAGUUGAACAAUAUCUCUGCCCCUACUCAUGAAUUUCAACUUCCUGAAGAUGUAUGGAUUGAAUUAGUCCCACGAACUCAUUCAGAUUCAUGGAGAGUAAUUGAAGCAGAGCAAAAUCCACGUCUACGUUUACGUGUAGAUAUUAAUCGUCAGCUAUCAGAUGUGAUUGCGUUAACAGAAAAUAAAUGGCAAUCAGCUGCUGAACGUAUGAGAACUGUUUUAGAUCUUCCAGUUGUAAAUCAAUAUACUCCUCCAUCAGUUAUGCUUAAUCUUUGUCCAGCUCAGUCUAUUGAUGGAGCUAUUCGAAUACAAGAAGUGGCACGUGUUCGUUCAGGGGAUCUUGGUUUACGUGCUUAUUUAGAUCGAAUGAAUACUAAAGUACCGCCACAUCAGUUACAAUCAAAUGUAUGCAAAACAGAAAAACAAAGUACAUCACAAUCCUCAGGUUUAGUUGCUUCAAGUUCAUCAAGUGUUCUACCACAGGUGUCAUCGUCAUCAUGUGCUACAAAAUUCAAUAAUAACACGUCAAUAAACUCAUCAUCUUCAAUCGCUGAAUUAGACUUAAAAGAUCUUGGAAAAAAAUUAUCAAUUGGUGUAACACGUGAGAUGGCUCGUGAAAUUAAAGUGGUAACUAUUUACCUGGCUCUUGGUUGUCCAGAACGCAUACGUUUUGAAUAUCAAUUCUGUUGUUUGAAAGACAAAGAUGGACGAAAACAACACUUGAAUUCAUCCUAUUCAAAUUUAUUACUCUGUCCACCGUUAGAUCCAGAUGGAGAGGGCGAUUACCUACUUCAUCGUGAUUGGGCUUCUCGUCAUUCUACUGGAGAUAAAACGUCGGUUCCCAAUUCUAGUAGUUCUACACAACGUACUUCAUCAGUAUUAUUACCAAAACCAAUUCAGCCAAGUACUUCAAGUAAUAAUACACCUACAACUGGAACAUACUUAUCUCAAAUAUCAAAUGAUUCACCUGUCGUUGUAACUAGUCAACAGCCAACAUUGACAAUGCAUCCACCUUCAAAUACUGUACAAGUUCUUGUUAAUGGACAACCAUCAACACUUCAGUUGAAUUCAUCUCUGGCUGCUUCACAUCCUAUCAUUUCGUCAUUACUAACAACAAGUAGUGCCGUUAAACCACCAAUAACUUUAACGCAAAGUCCUAAAUUAGUUUUAUUACCACAAACAGGUGGUCAAAAAGUGCAAGUUCCUAUUGUUGAACGCCAACUGGAUCAUGAAAGACAACUGACAACAUCUAUAACGCCAACUCAAACAUCUUAUAUCCCAUUACUAGCAAAGCAAACAACUGUAUCCUCUAAAAGUGUCUCGUUCAACUUAACCAAUGUAACAAUUUCAACGACUGUAACAACAACCACUCCAACAAUAUCAACUUCUAUUUAUCCGGUGGUAGAAAAUGAGAAUCCUCCAUGUGUACCACCAUCAUCUUUAAAAUCAUUGAAAGCAUUUAACGCACGUCGUAAAAAGAGUACUGCAUCACAAGUGCAUAAACAUUUAAAUGAAAAUUCUCCCGUAGAUAAAGAAUUACAAUCAAAAUUACAACCGGCUAGUACAAUAGCUUCAAGCGGUUUUUGGCCAUUGCAUAAUACUGUAUCACAUUCUCCUGCAAUUCAGUCGUCGUCCAACUAUCCAAUGCAAACAUUUCAGGUACCUAUUAACAACCAUGCACAGCAAGCUAACGCUAAUGUAGCAUUAAAUUAUAAUAAUAAUGUUUUCAAUCCACAGGCAUCACAAAUUUUAUUACCGUCAGCAUUAACUCUAACAUCACCGUCAAUGAAUCAAACAACUCUAAAUGAUAAACUACCUCAUAUUUAUAAUGUAUCCGGUUCAUUUUCAUCUACAUCAAAUCAGUCACCUGUAAUAUCAUUUGUUACAAAAUCUAAAGGUGCUUCGAGUACAGAUGUUACUAUAGAAGAUUUACUAUUAACAUCUACAGAAACUAAUCAAUCCUCAUCAUCAUCGUUAUACAGUAAUGAUACACUUGCCUCCCUGUUGAAUACUAUUUGUGUACGUUAUGCAUCUAUACCGUCAUCAUCAUCAACAUCUAAUCUUGAUCAUCAAAAUAUCUCAGAUGAUACGUCUAGUCGUUCAACUGAUAAUAAUAUUACUACAGCAGUAGAAACACCUGUAUUGAAUUUAAAUACAAAAGUCGAUGAAUCCGUUUCAUUUAAAAUGGAAGAGGAUAGGGAAUUUAGAACUACUGACUCAGUGUGUAAUUAUCCACCAGGUUCUCCAUCAAUUGGGGGUGAUAUUUCAUUCACGGAUUCAAUGGCUGCUGCUGUGAUGGAUGUACAUCACAUGCAGUUAGACCAUUCAGAUGAAGAACGUAAUACUACAGAUGCUCAGCCUGGAUCACUUAAUUUUAUGACUUCGAAUAUCGCGAUUCACCCUGAUGUCUAUUCUCUAGGGACAUCAUACGAAUCUGUUUUAGGAGACAAAGACAUAAAAGUUACUCAGUGUAACAGUAUGAAUCAUUCUGAUUACAAGGGUAUUUCCAAUGUUGAAGUAUUUUUACGAAUGAAUACACCACAGUCGAGUCAAAAUUCAUCUGGUAUUAUCUCAUCCACACCAACCACAAGUAAUGCAUCACUAUAUUGA